UUGUUUUUCUCAUCGGAACUUAGGUGUCUAUGGUUUCCUGACUUACCACGGCUCGCCCAGAGAGAGAGGAACGCCUUGCCAUGGACUGGAAAGAAGGACAAGGACCAGUUCAGGUUCCAGGCCAGGAAGUAGCCCAGGAUGUGGCAGGGGCGGCAGGUGAGGCGUCUGGACCCAUCCCUGCCGGCCUGGAGGCACUGUAUGGCGCCUGCCGGAGUAUAUACCCAGACCAGCCCAAUCCUCUGCAGGUCACUGCUCUCGUUAAAUACUGGCUUGGUGGUCCUGAUCCUCUUGACUAUAUUAGUAUGUACGCCAACCCAGGGGAUGCUAAACUGAACAUUCCUCCUCACUGGCACUAUAUUAGCUUUGGCUGCUCAGACCUUCAUGGAGAUGGCAGAGUCCAUGAACAGACAGGACCAGAAAAUCCUAGUGGAUUUGGUUUUGAACUGACAAUGAGGCUGAAAAGAGAAGAAGGAGAGAAAAAUCCGCCAACAUGGCCAGCGGCAAUCAUGCAGGGCCUUGCAAAGUAUGUUUUUCAGUCAGAGUCUAUGUUGUGUGUGGGUGACCAUGUGUCGUGGCACUGCCCCUUAGACAACAGUGAGUCCAGAGUUCAACAUAUGUUGAUGGGUGAGGACCCUCAACUUGGAACUGUAUCGACACCAAAUGGGUCUGUGCAGUUUGUCCAAAUUGUUGGUAUCACCACAGAAGAGCUCAGAGCGACACAACACUGGAAUGGAGUCGGGGUUAUAGAUAUCAUUAAACGUUUGCCAGGUGCUGGUGGUCCGUGGAUGCUGACAGAUAUGAGGAGAGGUGAAAGCAUCUAUGAACUUGACCCGUCUGUUGCUGAAGAAGUGGAGAACGGCAUUGAGAAUGAUGGCUCUAACUUGUCAGGAGUAUCAGCUAGAUUAGCCUGGACAGAAGAUGAAGCCUCAAGCCUGCCUCCACUUACCUCUCAGCCACCAAGAUCAGAGACAGAUGCUGACUCAGAGCCUUCCCCACGCAUCUCUCAUGUUGAGAGUGAGCAGAUACGCAACACCCUGCAGAAGGGACUCCUGCAAGGGGCAAACAAGACAGGCAUCGGUCAUAAUUUACAGGAUGAGAAGGGAAUAAGUAGUGAAGGAGAUGUGGAAGGCAACGUUCCCACAACGGAUUCAGCUGAAUUGUUUGUCACACAAAGACUGGAGUCCUUACACCUCACCAUAAACCUAGAAUCUGGUUGUCUCCUUCCUUUGGCACUAAGAGGUCGUCUAAAGCAUGGACGGCAUUUCACCUUCAAGUCAGUAGUCGAUGUUAGUGCAGUGACAUUGGUGCCUCCCUCUGUAGCUGGUGCCUUUGUAGAUGCCAGUUGUCCUUAUGCUAGUCGUGGCCCAUGGCUGCAGGUGUUUAUACCAGACGAUCUGCUGCCUACCAUGGUGGAGGACCUGGCUGACCUUGCUGAUCCAGACGAGCUUUCCUUUGGGUCUGAGGGCUUGUCGUCCUUUCAUGGACUGCCUGGUAGGGCAUCAGGGAGGUCAGCCCAGCCUUCAUCUGAGGUCCAAGAGGCUCCUCAUAGGCGCCAGGUCACUCUACCAGCAACCUUCAGGUGGCCCAACAGGAAACUAGCAAUCACCGUCGUUGCUGAAGAAAUGUGAACACUAUGGUGUGGAAGUGUAUGUGCAGCUUUUAUUCUACUCCAUGCAUUUUUGUGCAUCUUUAUAGCCUUUAGCAACCUUAUGGCUGUUAUCUGUCAGAAUCAUUAAGUUUGAUGUUUGCUCUUCUGUUGUGUUAGUAGCGCAUUUUGAAUACUCUGUUCGCAUCUCUUGUUACACACAUACUUUUAGAAAAAAUUCACUUGUAUUCAGAAGUGUUGUGAAAGUAAGCUCUUCUAGAUAUUGCGUUCUUCUGAAUCUCAUAGACCAAGUUAAGUAACUUAGCUUUUGCAGAGAAAGUCCUGUAAGUGUAGCUGAACUUGUGCCGAGACCAUCCACUAGUGGUCUAUGUAAUGUGCCUUCAUGAAACUAUAUUAGCUUUGCAAUAUUAUACUUGUAAACUGAUUUUGAGAAAUGGUAGGUUUGGUUGGUUCUUGUAUUUUUGUAUUUAUGGAGUGCUAUUUUCUUUACUGUUAAUCUAAGGAUUUGAUCAUCUGAAAAAAGGUUUCCAAAAUAACCACCUUUACAUCCUGGAAUAUGUCAGUGCAGUUGUAUUGUGAAAGACUAUGUUUGUGUGUGUAUUAUUUUGAAGUCUUCGUAUUUAUUUCCAUGACAGUAGAUUAGAAAUAUUGAUGAAGCAGCAAAAGGAAAUCCUUGUCCAAUUGGGAUAACAACAGAUUACUAUUGUUAUGGUAUCUGUAGCUGAUGCUUUAAGGAUGAGAAAUUCUGAUGAAAAUGUUAACAAAACAAGAAAGGAAAAAUCCAUUUGUUUAACAUUUACGUACUACCCUACUGUUGAGUGGAUUUUGAGGUUUGAUCCUAUUUAUAUCCCUUUUUAUACCUCAUCUCCCAAUGCAUGGUGUGUAUUGAUUUUGUUAUAGUCUUGAAAACAAUGAAGAAUUGGUGACCCAGUGCAGGUAUAUGACUAUUACACCAAGUCUGCAUACACACUAGUAGUUCAGAGUAUGUAAUAUGCUAUUAGUGGAAGACAAGCAAAGUAUAUAUAUUGUAUACCAGGGUAUUUGUUUAGUUUGACAUAUAUGGUGUUGUGCCUGGUAUUGUUUAGCAGACUGUGAGAAUGAGGAAGUCUAGAAUACAGCAGAUUUGAUUUACAAUAUAUAUAUUUUUACACAAAAGCAAGUCCUUAUGUGUAGAAGUCUUAGCACAAGUAAUUGUUGAUAGGCUAUGCAAACAUGUGAAUUUGGCAGUAGUCACACAAAGCCAGGCUGAAUGAAGUACCACACUGUGAGAGAGUAUCAGUGGGGCCACAAUGCAUUUUUGAGACUACUUUGUUCUCAUGGAAAUUUUGUUUUGUUGCUCCUUUUUUUUUCUUUUUUUCUUUUUCUUUUUUUUUCAUGUGGUAUCGUUGUUUUUUGUAAUAGUGAUUAAAUGUUGUUAUUCAAGUAUUUAGUUGAAUCACUGUCAGCCAAGUCAUAACAUAAAUUGACUCCUCAUACAUUUUAAAUUUCUAUGAGGUCUUGUGUGUUAAUUUUGUCCCGAGAAACACAGGGAAAUUUAACUACAAACUAAAAGUAACAUUUUAUAGAAACUGAAACUCAACCUCUGAAGAUGAUCUUGUGUAAAUACAUCAUUGUGAGAUUAUAAUUGUGAGAUUAAUUAUAUACAGAAUAUCUAUUGUAUGUAUUGUAACAGCUUUUAAAGACACACAUCUUUUAAAGCUGGUCAUUUUAGUGUGGCAGCUAAUAUAUAGGUUGAUAUAUUUAUGUUUUCUUACAGUGUAAGCAAGGGUAUGAAAAUAAUUUCAUCUCUGUACUCGUAAUCAUUAAAGCCAUCAAUGUGCCUGUCUGCAUCAGUGUUAACUUUAGUAGCUUUGUGGUUAAUCUGACUGGGUGGUGUUUUUUUUCUAUCUUUCCUUUUCUCUCUACUUUUCUCUCUAUUCUGCUUGUGUGUAUCUAAGUCAGAAGCUUUACAGGGAAAGAAGGAUCUGUUUUGCAGCCUCCAUAAGCAGUGUUCAGUAUGUAGAUUCUCAAGUAACGUGUUUUUCUCAGGUGUGCCUCCGUAAAGUUGGUUGGUUUGCAGUCACAUCUGAUGUCUUGCCUUCUUUCCCUUGUUGCAAAUGAGUAUAAUUGUCAUAAGAAAAGAGGUAACAUGGUGUUUAUACAAAAUAAUAAAAAACUAACAAAAAGUACACUUUUGUAAGAGUUCAGAGAAGGUACCUAAAUUGAUGGUCUUGGUAUAUUAGGAAGUACUAGUUCAGGAAACCAUGUAUAACUAAAACUAUAUAAACUGUCUGCAUAUGCAUUUUGAGUCACAAAGCAUGAUACUGUAGGUCUUCCAAUUGGUGCCUUAACUGCUUUGAAAGUGCUUUAUAAGUGCCUUCAUAUAAUGAUCCUCUUAAUGUAAAUAAAAGAGGGAUGCUCAAACUAUGUUCUAAUAACUUUUAAUGUUCUCCAACAAAUGUGUGUUAAGAAUACCAGACAUUCUGCAGAAAUUUUAGUCAUUGUCUAUCCAUUAGGUAUAAUUUCUUCAAAUUUAGAUAUUGUGUUAAAUCAAUUAAUGCCAAUUUAUUCAAUCACUUUUUUCUUUCUCAAUUUAUUAUCUUAUUUCACCAUCUUUGUGUUACAUUUCUCAAUUUUAUGUCUUGUAGAUAAUGUAGAUAUUGUACAAAUCCUUAUAUUCAUUCUGUAUCACUGUUAUUUUUUCAGUGACAGGGAAUUCCUAGGAAUUUUAUCAAUAAAUCCUUGUUCAGGAACA